ACUGAUCAUUAUCAUGAGUAGUCAUUCAAGAAAUUGCAAAUAGCUGUCUGUAGAAGUUAGAUUAUCAAAUGAGAUUUGUGUUAUCUUAAAUAAUCUUUAAACAUUAAAAAACAUCAAACUGGAAAAGUGUCCGUUUUUUUAAAUUAAUCGAUGUUUAUGCAACAUAUGUCAUCUACAUGGUAGCCGUUAACUAUAUAACGGACUUAACCUAUUUUCUACGUUCUUAAGGUAGCAUUGUAAAAACAGAGAAACGCGAUCAUGGCUUUGAAAUUCGCUAGUAACCUGUCUUUUAUGUUUACGGAGGUACCUAGCAUAAUUGACAGGUAUCAACUAGCAAGACAGGCUGGAUUUAAAGCAGUUGAAAGUGGAUUUCCUUUUUGCUUAUCCAUUGAACAAGUUGUUACAGCCAAAAAUAAGGCAGGUGUCCAUCAGAUUCUCCUAAAUGUGUUCACAGGUGAUGUUACAAAAGGAGAACUAGGCUAUGCUGCAAUUCCAGGUAAAGAAGAUGAUUUUAAAAAAAGUAUUGCUAAAACAAUCCAAUAUGCCAAAGCUUUGGAUUGCAAAAUGAUUCAUGUAAUGUCAGGAACAGUGAAGUCAUCUACUAUAGACAAUGAUACAGUUUAUGAAAAAAAUUUGUUGCAUGCAAUUGAAAAAUGUCAACAGGAAAACAUUGUUGUUGUGAUUGAACCAAUUAAUAAUUUCACUGUACCAAAUUACUACAUGAAUAAUUUUAAAAAAGGUUUGGAUCUAGUAAAGAAGAUAAAUAAUGCAUACUUUAAGCUACAACUGGAUCUUUUUCAUUUGCAACAUUGCUGUGGCAAUAUUACAAAAAACAUUCAAGAAUUUCUACCUUAUGUUGGUCACAUUCAGAUAGCUCAAGUACCUGAUAGACAUGAACCGGAUACUUCAGGGGAAAUAGAUUAUAAAUAUGUUCUUUCACUGUUAGAAACAGCAGGCUAUACAGGAUAUAUUGGUUUAGAAUAUCGGCCGAAAUCAUCGACAGUGGAAGGAUUAAAGUGGAUUACGAAUUAUGGUUAUACACUGUAAUGCAGAUAUAGUAUAUAUAUAAACAUAUAUAUCUUGAAAUAAUUUGAACAGGUUUCAAAUUAAUGACAAUAAUUUUUUAUAAAGCUCCUGUUUUUUA